AUGACACCUAAGACGGAAACUCCUUCAUCUGAGACCCCUACGCCAACUACGCCAACUAUGACACCUAAGACGGAAACUCCUUCAACUGAGACCCCUACGCCAACUACGCCAACUAUGACACCUAAGACGGAAACUCCUUCAACUGAGACCCCACCAACUACGCCAACUACAACACCUAAGACUGACACUACUCCCACUGAGCCACCUACAACAACUCAGUCUCCUGGUGUCUCCUCACAGACUACCUCUUCAGGUCCCCAAGAUCCAUGCAAACCUAACCCCUGUGGAGCAUCUGCUUCUUGUGUUAACCUGAAUACCGAAUGGUUCUGCAUGUGUCCAGAAGGCUACUACUAUCAAAAUGAAUCAACAACAUGUAAGAAAGGAAAGACAUUCCCUGGAGAGAUUGGCGUGAAAGUGACUGAAACAACUGGCUUGGAUAAUAAAACCUCUCCGGCCUAUCAAGCCUUGUACAGAAAGGUUGUCAAAUUUUUUGAAAAUGCACUUAAUAAGACUAAGUUUGGUUUUGGACAGACUAUAAUUAUUAAAGUGAGUGUCUCCUCUUCUCAGUCAACAAGAUCUGCAAUGCGUGCUGCUGAUUGGACGAUCGUCAAUGUAUCAGUAGUAAAUAUGUUUAAUGAAAAUACAAAGCAAAAUGAAAGUACUAUAUCUGCUAUAAUUAAAGAGGCAGUUAUAAAUGAUACCAGCAUGGAGAACUAUACUGAGGAAGAUCGGUGUGACUAUUAUGGCUGUGAAAAGAAUGCUGAAGACUGCCAGAACCCUUUACAAUGCACGUGCAAACCUGGGUUUACAAGGUCGAGCCCACAGAAUUCUUUUUGUCUUCAACAAGAUCGGUGUGACUAUUACGGUUGUGAACAAAAUGAAGAAAACUGCCAGGAUCCUUUACAAUGCAAGUGCCAAUCUGGGAUGUCAAGGCCGAGCCCACUGGUUCCCUUUUGUACUACUGCUCGAGAGUGUCCUGGGUCCUGCAGUGCAGCAGACAGGAAGCAAUGCCUAAGGAGGGAUAACGGAGCACUGGAGUGUGCGUGUAUGCCGGACUACCAGAAAUCCACCGAUGGCAAGUGUGAAGCGUGUCCCUUUGGCUAUAGUGGCCAGGACUGCAAAGACCCGUUCCAGCUGAUCCUCACCAUUCUGCCAGGAAAAGGAUGCUACCACCCUCUUCCCAUCGACAUGUGCCCAGUGGGCUCCACAUUUUCAAAAAACAAAAAGAAGAAUGUGGAGGAACAGAAGUUGAUUGAUGAAGACUUUCAGAAUGUACGAAUGCAGCAGACCGGCUUCAGCAAUUCCGGCUUCAGCAACUCCCGCUUCAGCAACUCCGGCUUUAGCAACAACUCCGACUUCAGCAACUUCGGAGCUGGCAACAGCAUCUUCCCCAAAGUCAAGACCCAAAAUCCUUAUGCAAACCAGCGAAGCAUGCCUCGCCCCGACUACUAGAAUGAGAAGAAUUUGGAGCCCUCCCUAGCCCAGCCCACACGAGCUGUGAUUUUGAGUGUUUAGAGGACAAGAGAA